GUCAUCACGUCGGUCGUGACGUUAUUAGAGAGCGGCGCCGUUGCAGACUGGAAUGGGAGCUGGCGAUUUUUCCCAGAUUUUGAUAGUUUAAUCUGUGAAUGGCGCCGAAACAGGACCCGAAACCUAAAUUUCAAGAAGGUGAAAGAGUGCUGUGUUUCCAUGGUCCGUUACUCUACGAAGCUAAGUGUGUUAAGAUCAACAUCAAAGACAAACAAAUCAAAUAUUUUAUUCAUUACAGCGGGUGGAACAAAAACUGGGACGAAUGGGUUCCUGAAAGCAGAGUGCUGAAGUAUGUGGACAGCAAUCUGCAGAAACAGAAAGAGCUUCAGAGGGCCAAUCAAGACCAUUAUGUAGAAGGAAGAAUGAGGGGUGCUGCACCGAAUAAGAAGAUACCUUCUGCAUCGCAGAAAAAUGAUGUGAAAACCAAAAAGAACAAACAGAAAACUCCUGGAGCAGGAGAAGGGACGAGUUCAGGAGGAGACCCGACUCAUCCGCCACGAAAGAAGCGAGCGCGUGUCGACCCGACUGUGGAAAGUGAGGAAACUUUUAUAAAUCGAGUGGAGGUAAAAGUGAAAAUCCCCGAGGAGCUGAAGCCGUGGCUCGUGGACGACUGGGACCUGAUCACACGGCAAAAACAGCUUUUCCACCUACCUGCCAAAAAGAAUGUGGACGCAGUCCUUGAAGAUUAUGCAAACUACAAGAAAUCAAGAGGAAACUCUGACAGCAAGGAGUUCGCUGUAAACGAGGUGGUCGCUGGUAUCCGGGAGUAUUUCAACGUCAUGCUGGGAACGCAACUUCUCUACAAAUUCGAGAGGCCUCAGUACGCAGACAUCCUGGCCAACCACCCAGAUACGUCCAUGUCUCAGAUUUACGGAGCCCCUCACCUACUCAGACUCUUCGUGAGAAUUGGAGCCAUGCUGGCCUACACUCCCCUGGAUGAGAAGAGUCUUGCACUGCUGCUCAGUUAUCUACAAGAUUUCCUCAAGUAUCUUGUGAAGAACUCGGCAUCGCUCUUCAACGCCAGCGACUAUGAAGUCGCCCCUCCAGAGUACCACCGCAAGGCAGUUUAAGCACGUUCUCCUGUCGGAUCCGACACAUCUGCCCCUGCGUGCACGAGUGUGUUGACGUUUGGAGACGACAUUUUUAACCUGUCGGAAGGAUGUGACCUGGCAACGCGACUUCAGAGAGCGGACUGUGCCCGAUCGGUCGGUCUUUACCGAGGAAGAAUACGAUCAAGAUGUCACACUAAUCCCAGACAAAUUCAUUUUCUUUCAUGUGGAAAGCUGCUGAGUACGCUCUUCCUGUAUUGGUAUGUUUUUCAGUACCACUUUUUUAGUUUCUUUUUUUUUUUUUUUUUUUUUUUUUUUUUCCUUUCAUCCAAUGUUUACCAAAAUCGAGAUUGUUUUAUUUGUUUCCUGUUUGGAUUCAGAUGCUGGCUAAAUUUGUCUUGUAGGCUGUCAUCAUUUUCUAAUAAAAAAAAGUC